AUGCUGAAGGGAGCAUUGACACCACACAUAAAUGACUUCAAACUGGAGGUCAAGUAUGAUUAUGAGCCAGACAACGGGUUCGAACAUGUGACAAUCAUAAACGAGGACUCGGCUUCAGAGACAGAACACGACUAUUGCGGUGACUCCAUCGAUGAACCAAGCAGUGGUCCACAACAGCCAAUCUCAUUGUUUGACGAGAACCUCAAGGACAACCUGAUGGAUGCUGACACGAACAAGAAUACUACCAGUGCUGAACUUCCUACUCUCAGGCAACCACGGAGGAUUCAAGCCCCAUACAAGUUGCCUACUUUGUAUCCCUUCAUUAGGACAGAUGCAUAUCUACUCAUGGAUCCCGAAAGCUCUGGAGAGAUCCCAACAGCCAUCUUACUUAGCGGCACGUCGCGACAAGGUCCUCUGACUUUGAAAGUGCCAAUCUGUGACAUUGGUCUUGGAAUGACCAUUCAUCAGCUCGCCGCACGCAAGGCGAUCAUUGAACUCGAAGAAGAGUCCGGUUGGCUAUCAGAUGCUAAGGACGAUCGAGGAAAUGCCUUUGAUAACUUCCACAUGGCUACCAAGCAGCGUCUCGCGGAACGUGAAUGCCAAAGCCUUGGUAUUAAGUUCGGAGUCACUGGAAAGUACGUCUCGUUUGUAGCUAUCGAAGAUUCAACUCGCCCAAAAAGAAAUCACAAGAACAAGUUCCCCAUGGAACACCCCGUCGAGUGUGGGUCAUCAGGCUCUAUGAAUUUACACAGUCGUGACAACAGCAGAGAUCAACCCGUUCGAUUCUCAGCCCCGACCCUGUCCAGCGCGGCCCAACAGCGUUACGUUGCUCCGACGAAUCGCCGAGAUUACAUUCAAUGGAAUCCCAUGCAAAGCUUUCACCAAUCUCCCGGGCAAAAUUGGCGUGGAGGAAGAGGAGGAGGAGGAGGAACCAGAGGCGGAGGAACCAUAGGCGGAGGAAGAGGAGGAGGAGGAAGCUGGGGAAAUGGUGGCAAUCAUGCCGGCUUUUACAAUUACACCACAGCUCCUGCCCAGCCUGCAUUCCACCAGUUUCAGCAGUAUGAACAAUAUGCUUUGGAAUUGACAGAACCUGCGUUACCUGAAGUCGAAUUGGACUCGGUGAAGAAGGCACGCGACCAUGCGCAUUCGAGCAACCUCCGCGAAAUCAUCUACGAGCAAGAACACAAGGGGAAUUGGCGGAUGUCCGACCGGCUCUUCAAGCUCAUGCGCUGCGAUAGACGAAAAGUCAUUGACGAUGUCGCUGCAUUAUAUGCUACCACAGCGUUUGGCAGUCUUCCCGAUGAUCUUCUCCGCGGAGACAGAACCACCGUCGUCGCGACUUUGCUCGUGAUGGGAUACCUGGAGAAUAACCAUAAGCCUUCGAAAAGUGUGUGGGAGCUUGUUCAUGAGAAGGCUUCCAAGUGGGUGGCAGAGAAGCUUGACGAGAUGAAGGGUACAGAUUCAGGCGUGGCUCUUUGCUUGAUUCAGUAUCAGAUUUCAGACCUCAUGCGAGGAGACUCCCAAGCGACUUGA